AUGGAAAAAACGGAUAAUUUUCCGUACAAAGCCUACUUGGAGAAAUUACUGUCUUAUAGUCACAGGACUCUGAAAACCCAGAUGAAGGUCUGUACCUUGUGGGAAAAAGAUACGGCCGGGCACAUGGACGAAGUCGGGUUAGCCGCUCUGACUCAACCUGACAAACAAUUUGCCGUAGCCGGUGAUACACUCACCAUUAAUGCCGUCAUCCCUACCCCUGUCUAUCCCGAUAAUUCCAAGAACGUGGGGUUGAGAAAACGUCACGAGAAGAUAAAUAACAGUAAAGUCAUCGUGUUGAUGGAUCGUUUACAUCUGGAUUUAUUUCAGCAAGAGAAAUGUCUGCCGAACGGAGUAGACGUCCGUCUGAGAUUCAACCGCGUCAGGUCUCAAUUCUACAUGAUGACCGCUGCGGGGAGUAGUGGCAAAGUGGCCAUUCAAAGUAUGAUCUUGUGGGUGAGAAAAGUCAAACCGAUUCCUAACAUCGUCAAUCUGAUCAAUCAACAGCUGAGUACUCAAACGGCUAAAUAUCCGUUGAGAAGAGUGGAAGUGAAAACGUUCACCAUUUCCACCGGCACCCAAUCGAAAAUCACCGAUCACCUGUUUCAAGGACAGAUGCCCAAACUGAUUUUCUUGGGCUUCGUGGAAAAUGCCGCCUUUAACGGCAAUGAUACUAAAAACCCGUUUCAUUUCAAAAAUCAGCAAGUCAAGAAAUUAGAAGUCAGUAUCAAUGGAGAAAUGAUAGAAACCCGACCCCUGGAACCGAAUUUCAACGACGAUCAGUAUCUGAGAUCGUAUCUGACCCUGUACAAAGGCCUGGGAAAAUUGGGACAGGAUUGGGCCCUGGACAUCAGUCUGGAAGAGUAUAAAAAGGGAUACACUCUAUGGUGUGUGGAUUUUACCAAAGAUCAAGAAGCUCAGACCGAUAAAUUUCAUCUCAUACAGACGGGAAACCUGAGAGUGGAAGUACAAUUCACGGCAAACGUAGCGGAGACCUUGAACUGCGUGGUGUAUGCCGUCUUUGACAAUUUGCUAGAAGUCAACAAACAGCGAGAAGUCAGCAUCGAUUACUGA